GCGUGACGUCACGCCCCGCCCGCAGCCAUGCGUACUGAGCUUGUUAUCGGGUCGCUUGUUAUGACUGGAGAAGGCCUCGGACUCAAUUAAAACUUAUCCCCGGGACAGCCGCAUGCUCAUGGAGGGCAUGGACAUAGACCUGGAUCCGGAGCUCAUGCAAAAAUUCAGCUGCAUGGGCACCACGGAUAAAGAUGUCCUCAUCUCGGAGUUCCAGAGGCUGCUGGGCUUUCAGCUCAACCCGGCGGGCUGCGCCUUCUUCCUGGACAUGACCAACUGGAACCUCCAAGCAGCUAUUGGUGCGUAUUAUGACUUCGAGAGUCCGAAUAUCAACACGCCGUCAAUGUCUUUUGUGGAAGAUGUGACGAUUGGAGAGGGGGAGUCCGUUCCUCCUGACACACAGUUCACAAAGACAUGGAGGAUACAGAACACGGGUGCAGAGUCGUGGCCCCCAGGUGUGUGUCUGAAGUAUGUUGGCGGGGAUCAGUUUGGUCACGUGAACAUGGUGAUGGUGCGUUCUCUGGACCCACAGGAGAUCUCAGACGUGAGCGUGCAGAUGCGCAGUCCGGCCGUUCCCGGCAUGUACCAGGGCCAGUGGAGAAUGUGCACUGCCACCGGACUCUUCUACGGAGAUGUGAUCUGGGUGAUCUUGAGUGUGGAAGAAGGAGGCCUGCUGGGCGUCACACAGCAGUUAUCCUCCUUCGAGACAGAGUUCAACACGCAGCCACACCGCAGUCUGGAGGGAGACUUCAACCCUUUCGCCUCACCACAAAAGAACAAGCAGGACACCAAUGAGGAUAAUCUAAAAGACCCCGGGGGCCACUGGGAGGCCCCUCUGGACUCCAUUCAGCAAGAUCAAAAUGGACUCAAUCACAGCUCUGUAAAUAUUACACCAAAUGGUCUCCAAAACAACUUAUCAGUAGUGACUUACAGCCAGGGCAUUAAUGGACCCUUCCCAUUCGGACAGUCUUAAGACACAGAAACCACCUGGUAGCUCAUCAGAGCUGCUGCUUUUGCCCUUUUCCAGGGUUCAGUGAGAGGAGGAACAGAUUUACUCUAAAGACUUGGUGACCCUUCCUCUCCCCCCGACGCACCACAUCAUCACAUAAAUGUGUGGACAAAUCUGUUUGGCUCCAAAUCAAUAUUGAACCAACACCUGAGUUACGCAUGUGUGAAUGCUAGAUUUAGAUGAGUGCUAGAAAUUCUAAAGAGAUAUAAUGAAAAAUACACCAUUUUUUUUUAUCUGUAUUGUCACAUUACAGCGGUAAAUUCAGAUGUGUGAGUGAGUGCACGACUGCACAAGACAAAGAGAGGCAGGACGGGUGGAUGAGUGAAUGAUGAGUGCAUCUUAUGAGAGAGUCAUGUUUCACAGUAAAAUCAAUAGGAAAGCAUAAACAUUUUAUAUUUUGCACACAGAAAAUAAAACAUGUUUUUAAGACUUUUAUGAUAGAUUUUGCCCCAUGACAAUUAAGUACAUUAUCCCCCCCAAAAUGUAUUACUUUAAUAAAACAUGGCUUUUUUGUUGUUGUUGUUAAUUCAGUUGUUCUCACAUUUAAUUUUACAAUUGCACUAAUGUUUUAUAAGCCUGAUUUAAAUGCAACCAAUUAACAUAUGGCAAAAAAUAAGCAUUUGCAUUAUAUCGACAAAGGGAAUCUUAAUAAUAGUCCUAAAGCAGAUUGAGUUUUCUUUAAGCAAAAUACAAAUUUUUAUUUCUUCCUUUUGGUUUUGCGGUGAAAUAUGACCAGGGUUUGUUCUUGACAGGUUUUUGCGGUAGUCACCUCAAUAUGUGUGCGACAGCCAUGCACAAAAGCCAUCAACAAAGAAUUAAUGCCUGUCAAGUAGUUUUAUAAUUUUUCAUCAAUGUUCUCUGACUUUUUCUUUACAAACUGAGGAGUUUUGAGAAAAAAGGUCAAUGUGCCUACUUGGAGGUUCAAUUGUGUAACUGCUUUCAUAUGGUCCUUUGCCAGCCACUUGUAAUUGUUUAUUACAAAACUGUUCUCUGGAUUCAGUAAAAAAACAAAAGCCCAGCAACCUGUACAGCGUACAAGAGCACAUUACGUCUCAUUAUAUUGAAGUAUACAUCUGUACUGCCACCACAGGUCAAGUCAUAGCUGUCGUCAGAGAUCUUGUUGCUGUUAUCAUAUUUGUUUACAUUGAUGUUGUUCUGGAGUUUCAGAGUGCUGAUGUUGGUUUUCCACUUGUAAUGACUCAGUCCAUCAGAGAUGAUAGCAAGCAGAUGUGGCUUUGGUUCCCUUGUUUACUGACCUAAGAGUUCACAAGCACGUCAUUGAUUUUCCCAAUCAUACAUUUCUGUCAUUCACCUUGACCUACGAUGGUAUUAAGCCGUUUUAAAUGAGCUGAGGGUGUUUUAAUGAGGGGGAAAGUGUGAGAAUGAGUUCAUUUUAAAGGAAUAUUUUGGGUUAAAUGCAAGUGAACGUUGCCUGUGACAGAAAAUAGUUUGGAUAUGUACCUCUCUACCUGAAAAUGCAUUGAUAUGUAUGUGCCUGCAAUUGAAGUCUGUGGUAUUUGCACUACUUCCAUUGAAAGGGCAUUUCCCUACACACUUUUUUUUUUUAUGUUUAAUCUUACUAAGGUACCAAUAGUUUUCUGUUGUAACAUUUGCAUUUAUCCACAAAUAUUCUUUUUAAUUUGUAUCCUUGAGUUGUUGCUGUAUGUUGAAAUGGCAGAUUUGGAGCUGGGACGCUUCAAAUAAUAUUUUAAUGCGUAAAGGAGUUUUGUGGAGUUAAUUUGGUUUAAAUCGUGCCUCUGUGUUUGGUAUGACGGAAAGCUUCUUGGAUGUUUAUAUCUUGCUACAUAUAUCUGAAAGGCUGUUUUACUUUCGCUGCAAUGGUUAGGCAAUUUCUAAGACAUAAACAACAACGAAAAGUUAAUAAGUCUCUUAUAAUGUUUUUCUUUAUUGGUCCGUUUACUGAGAUAAAAGUUAGCUCACGAAGACAAAAUGGUUUAAACCAGGGGAGUCGAGACAAGUUGCUGUAGGGCCACAGCCCUGCACAGUUUAGAUGCAAAACUAAUUAAACACCUGAUCCAGCUAAUCAAGUCAUUAAGGCUUAUUUGAAAACUACAUGGUAUGUGUGUUGGAGCAGGGUUGGAACUGAACACUGCAGGGCUGCGGCCCUCCAGGAACCGACUUUGACACCCCUGGUUUUAAACAAAUUAGCUGCUAUCCUCAAGCAGUAUGCAAAUCACUGAGCCCAAAUUGACCUUUACGUCAGGGUAACAGAGAUUAGUGUCAGCUUGUCCUGUUAAAUUUAACACAUCAGGCAAUUCUUGUCCGUUUCCCCCCAGUUCUAUGCACCUGGAAAAUUUCGCCAUUAAUAAUACCAACGUUGCGUCCAGUGUUUUAGAAAUGCUGUGGCUUCAGCUUUACAUUGCAAAUGAUCUAUGCAGUGUUUUAAGGGACAGUCCCUUCAUAUUCCAAAAAGUUGCACUCACAGUUGAAGCAUAAAAGAAGCUAAUGUUCUGAAACUGGUCGCCGUUAGGACAGAAGUAUACUGACGUUUCGCCUAAUGCUCAGCCCAUAAACAGCUCACUGGAUGAUGUGAAGUCAUCAGUCAAGUCUUCCUGUGAGCUGUUCUUAGUGAAUGUCCUCAUCCCAAGCGCUGCACACUUCACGGCCUCCUUCCAAUUUAUAAUUACACUCUGGAUAUUUUUGUUUUUUGUUUUGGUGUUGCUUAUGCAUGUGAGAAGUGUGAUUGAUUCAUUGCUGCAUUAUUGUCUUUUUUUCAGAUUUUUCUUUUUUUUCUGUUAGAUCUGUUGGGUUUUCUGCACCGUGGCAUGGUGUAUGACUGAGCGGAGAGUUUGCAUAGAGUCCUAUGAUAGCACAGUGAAAAAGAGAAAAUAUGAAAAGCCUUUUCCUGUAUGUAUAAUUGAACAUUUGUAUGAUUAAAUUAACACUGAAACAUGA